AUGCUCCUAGCCCCUCCAAUUCUUGAAUUAGAUCAGUCUGAAUCUUUCUCUGGAUUACUGACACCUGCCCUCUCCUUUGCGUCUUUAGUUCCAUGUCGACAAUCUGUCAAGUGCCCACGUCUACCUUCGUCUCCAGAAAGGCGAGAGUUGGGAGAAUAUACCCAAGGAGUUGCUCGAGGACUGCGCACAGCUGACCAAGGCAAAUUCUAUCGAAGGCAUGUUCUAAUAAGUGGUGCUUAUCGAUUGACAAAAGUAGGAAACAAAAAGGAUAAUGUGACUGUGAUAUAUACUCCAUGGUCAAACCUACAUAAGACUGCGGCGAUGGCCACAGGACAAGUAUCAUUUCAUAACCCCAAACUCACACGCAAGGUCUUCGUACCGCAACGACAAAACCCAAUUGUUAACCGACUAAACAAGACUCGGGUUGAAAAGUUCCCUGACCUCAGAGCUGAAAAGGAAGAGUACCUGGCACAGUGCAGAAAGGAGGAACGCAGGGCCAGAGAAGAGAAGAAGGCAUUGGAUAAAAAGGAACGCAAGGAGAGGGAUGAGCUAAGGUGGCAGAAGGAACACGCGUACGAUGACCUUAUGAGUCCAGACAGUGUUCAACAAAGUAACAACCAGGAUCGGGAUGAAAGCUAUCUAGAUGACUUCAUGUGA